UUUAAAAUGACGUUUCUCUGAAUUAUUUUUAGGAGGAAGAAGAGAUAAUUAAAUCUUCUCUGGAAUAAAAAUAUGCAUGCUUUAAAAUUUUUUAUUUAAGUAUAUUAGAUGUAAAAUUCAAACUGAGGGAUCUACAGUGUCAAUACUGAAUAUUUUAACUCCAGAUUCAGAACAAAAUCUGAGACCAGUGAUAAUGGACCUGCAGAAUUAUUCCUUGGUGUCAGAAUUUGUGUUGCAUGGACUCUGCACUUCACAACAUCUUCAAAAAUUUUUCUUUGUGUUCUUCUCUGAGAUCUAUGUGGUCACUGUGCUGGGCAACCUUAUCAUUGUGGUCACUGUAAUAUCUGACCCCCACCUACACUCCUCCCCUAUGUACUUCCUGCUGGGGAAUCUCUCUUUCCUGGACAUAUGGCUGGCCUCAUUUGCCACUCCCAAGAUGAUCAGGGACUUCCUUAGUGAUCAAAAGCUCAUCUCCUUCAGAGGAUGUAUGGCUCAAAUCUUCUUCUUGCACUUUGUUGGAGGGGCUGAGAUGGUACUUCUUGUUACAAUGGCCUAUGACAGGUAUGUGGCCAUAUGCAAGCCUUUGCAUUACAUGACAGUGAUGAGCCGGCGGACUUGCGUGGGGCUGGUGCUGGUUUCAUGGGUCAUUGGAUUUGUGCACUCCAUUAGUCAGGUAGCCUUUACUGUAAAUUUACCUUACUGUGGCCCCAACGAGGUGGACAGCUUUUUCUGUGACCUUCCUCUCGUGAUCAAGCUUGCCUGCCUGGACACCUAUGUCUUGGGUAUACUUAUGAUCUCAGACAGCGGGUUGCUUUCCAUGAGUUGUUUUCUUCUCCUCCUGAUCUCCUACACUGUUAUUCUCAUCAAUGUCCGACAGCGUGCAGCUGGUGGUGUAUCCAAAGCACUCUCAACUUGCUCUGCACAUAUCAUGGUAGUCACACUCUUCUUUGGGCCCUGCAUUUUCAUUUAUGUGUGGCCUUUUAGUAGGUUCUCUGUGGACAAGCUCCUCUCUGUGUUUUACACCAUUUUUACUCCACUCUUGAACCCUCUUAUCUACACACUGAGAAAUAAGGAGAUGAAAACAUCUAUGAAGAAACUGAGAAACCGACAUGUGACUUUUCACUGAAGUCCAGCUUCCCAAAAACUUAUGUGCUCUUAUUCAUUCAGAAGAUAUCUUUCUUUAAUAUAAUUCUGAUCAAAUAUUUCAUUCUGACAUUACAUUGGUAUAAUUUGUAUUGUGCUA